AGGGAGGGGACAAGCGCACUGACGACCCCCAUCCCCCAUCCCGACCCCACCCGGGACCUUGCGUCCCCACCCGGCGAGGACAAAGCAGCCUGGCCGCCGCCCGGGCCUGCGCCGCGCCGCACAAAGAGUGAACGACGACACGCACCCCGCCCCCUCCCUGCGCGGUGGCUCGGCGCGGAGGUGGGGACACCCGGGCGCCCGCCCCGCGCUCCCCUCUCGCCCCGCCCCGUCUGCGCGUCCUCCAGGCGCGGGGGCGGGGGGCGCGGCGCCCCACAUAACACUCCCCUCCAGCGCGCGCGGAGCCACCUUUUCCCCUCCUUCUCGCCAACACCACCGCCUCCCCUGACACCGCUGCCACCUCGCCGGACGCUCCACAGAUUGCCGCGGCCAGCCAGGGGGCGGUGCGCCGAGCGUGCGCGCCCGGGACGCCAGAUGUGCUGUCGCCGCCGCCGCUAGUGCCCCAGCGGCAGCCAGAGCCAGGUCGGGUCGUCUCAGCAAUGCUGCUGCGGGGGCGACCUUGAACGCACCCCGGUUUCCCUCUGCGGAGACCACCCCGAGCCCCUGUGCCGGGGGUCCUGUCCUCUCCAGCUCGGCUCGCCCCGCGCUUGGUCAUGGAAGGGGCGGCAGUGGCCGCGGCAGGGGAUGGCCCUGCUGCUGUGGAGCCGGGCUUGCCCGGCUCUCCGCUGGAGGCGGUGGCCGGGGCGACUGCAGCCCCAGUGGAGCCCAGGAAGCCGCACGGGGUGAAGCGACAUCACCACAAACACAACUUGAAGCAUCGCUAUGAGCUGCAAGAGACCCUAGGCAAAGGUACCUACGGCAAAGUCAAGAGAGCCACCGAGAGGUUUUCAGGCCGAGUGGUUGCUAUAAAAUCCAUCCGUAAGGACAAAAUUAAGGACGAGCUAGACAUGGUUCACAUCAGACGAGAGAUUGAGAUCAUGUCAUCCCUCAACCAUCCUCAUAUCAUCAGUAUUUAUGAAGUGUUUGAGAACAAAGAUAAGAUUGUGAUCAUCAUGGAAUAUGCCAGCAAAGGAGAGCUGUAUGAUUACAUCAGCGAGCGGAGACGCCUCAGCGAGAGGGAGACCAGACACUUCUUCCGGCAGAUCGUGUCUGCCGUGCACUACUGCCACAAGAAUGGUGUCGUUCACCGGGAUUUAAAGCUGGAGAACAUACUGCUUGAUGACAACUGCAACAUUAAGAUUGCUGACUUUGGUCUUUCCAACCUGUACCAGAAGGAUAAGUUCUUGCAAACGUUUUGUGGGAGUCCACUCUAUGCGUCACCCGAGAUUGUCAACGGCAGACCUUACCGAGGGCCAGAGGUGGACAGCUGGGCCCUGGGUGUCUUGCUUUACACUCUCAUUUAUGGAACGAUGCCCUUCGAUGGCUUCGAUCACAAAAACCUCAUCCGGCAGAUCAGCAGUGGAGAGUACCGGGAGCCUACACAACCCUCAGAUGCUCGGGGACUCAUCCGGUGGAUGCUUAUGGUGAAUCCUGACCGCCGAGCCACCAUUGAGGACAUUGCCAACCAUUGGUGGGUGAACUGGGGCUACAAGAGCAGCGUCUGUGACUGUGAUGCCCUUCCUGACUCUGAGUCUCCACUCUUGGCACGGAUCAUUGAUUGGCAUCACCGUUCCACAGGGCUGCAGGCUGAGGCUGAAGCCAAGAUGAAGGGCCUGGCCAAACCCGGGGUGUCUGAGGUGGUGUUGGAGCGGCAGCGGUCCCUGAAGAAGUCCAAGAAAGAGAACGACUUUCCUCAGUCAGGCCAGGACUCCGUACCUGAAAGCCCAUCCAAGCUGAGUUCCAAGAGGCCCAAGGGCAUCCUGAAGAAGCGGAGCAACAGUGAGCACCGCUCCCAUAGCACUGGCUUCAUCGAAGGCAUUGUGAGCCCUGCCUUACCAUCCCCUUUCAAAAUGGAGCAAGAUUUGUGCCGGACUGCCAUCCCUCUCCCCAGCUCCCCCGAGGUAGAUAUGUCAGGGAAGCUUAGCCUCAAACAGUCUGCCACGAUGCCCAAGAAAGGAAUCUUGAAAAAGACCCAGCAGAGAGAAUCCGGCUACUAUUCAUCCCCGGAGCGCAGCGAGUCCUCAGAACUGCUGGACAGUAAUGAUGUGAUCAUCAGCGGUGGCCUCUCGUCCCCUUCCCCAGACCCGGCCAGGGGAACUUCCCACAGCUUGUCCUGCCGGAGGAAGGGCAUCUUGAAACAUAGCAGCAGGUACUCCGACGGCGCCACAGACCCCGCCCUCACCGGCCCUGAAGUGCCCACACUGGAAUCCCUGUCACCUGCCGGUGUCCCCUCUGAUGGCAUCUCUCGGAGCUACAGUCGCCCGUCUAGUAUCAUCAGCGAUGAUAGCGUCCUGUCCAGCGACUCUUUCGACUUGUUAGAUCUGCAGGAGAAUCGGCCCGCCCGCCAGCGCAUCCGCAGCUGUGUCUCUGCUGAAAACUUCCUCCAACUUCAGGACUUUGAGACACCACACAACCGGCCCCGGCCCCAGUACCUGAAGCGUUACCGGAACCGGCUGGCAGACAGUAGCUUCUCCCUUCUCACUGAUAUGGACGAUGUGACUCAGGUGUAUAAGAAAGCGCUGGAGAUCUGCAGCAAGCUCAACUAGCCCUUCAGGGCACAGAGGAUGGGAUGGGUGGGUGGGUGAGUCCAAAGGAGAAGGGGAACAGAACUCAGCCUACAGGCUGGUUACCUCUUUGCUGGUCAAUGCAAUGGACUGGGAAAGGACUAGGAAUGUCUGGUCUGGUCAGUUUUCAUAGCCUUGAGUCAGCACCUAAAAGGGAUGGAAACCGUUCUUUACCAGUUCUGCCAGCUGCCAGUCAGAAUGUGGGUCCUAACUGUGAGAUGUCCAUGGAUCCCACAUGACAUCUCACAGGGAAGGUGGUGUUGGCCAGCAUGAAAUGGGAAGGGGCAUUAUGGGAAAGGGGGUGUUUUCCUAGAAGUCAUCUAGAUGUUUCUGGAGGAGGGGAGAAAAAAACUGAGACCAUCUGCUUUGGAUGAAUAUAUUAGCAAGCCUGGUCUGACUACAUAGGGGCUAGCUAGAUUUUAGCAACCUGAGUGUGAACUUGUGAUCAAUUGAUAGUCUGUACUGUGGUCUGAUGUUAGUAGACUAGGCACACCAGGGAGCGUUGAGUGAGUACCUGAGGCAACAGCAUACGUGCCAUGGCUAAGCCCUGGGAGUUAGGUUAAAGCACCCUGUUUAAAAGAAAAAUGGUUAACUCUUUAAUGGCACAGCAUGACAUGUGUCAGUUUUCUCCUGGACCUUGAGUAGAAGACAGGGCUUGCUUAGAGAGCAAAUGUGUUGAACUCUGCUACGGGAACAGUCUGGUGGUGGUACCUUUUUUGUUUCCUGGGAUCUGCCUCUUCUUUCCCCUCUUUCUUGCCUUGUUCUUCUCUAGUGGAAUCUUCUGAAGGUGAGCAGGAGGAUACUAGGCAGUGUGAGAGGCCAGGGCUUUGUGUAUAACGGGACACAGAGCUGCUGUGGUCUUUGCACAGUGAAUGGACGGUGGGGCAUGCCAGCCAAGGGGCGACUUACCACUUUCUUAAAUGUCUCAGCAUUAACUGGAACCCUGCCUCUCGGCUUCUCACCUGCACAAGGAUGGGAUGCUACUCAGUCUCCAAAGUAUUACUGGCUCAGCCAUAGGCCCCAUUCACCCGCAAGCAUGGAACCUUAACCGUAGACGAGUUGCUUCUAGGGAGCUACUGUGUAGGUGAAAUGUGUGGCUGAGGAAAAGUUCAGUUUGAUAGAAGGUUCGUGUCUCCCCAGGCCUAAGUAUUCGGUCUCGUGGUUUUGAUCUUCCUCAUUUUGGGGGAGAAAACAAGUCCCAUCCAUCAUCCAUCCAUCCACCCAUCCAUCCACAGAAUAAGAUGUUGGAAGAGCAGAGUGUUGCGGGGAAGCCUAGGGACGUUUCCUCGGGAGCCAUCCAGAUGGCUCAGGAGGAGGCAGAAAGGAGGUGUGUGGGGUUGACAGGAUGCUUAAAAAUGUUCCAACUAGUUAUCUAAUCUCUGAACACUAAGAUUACAGGUGAUGUCAUCCCCACGGAGGAGACCCUGGAGACACUGGGAGAUUGAAAUGGUCUUUCUGGGCUGACCACAGAAUCCACUGGCUUAGUCAAAUUAGAAUCCUUCUUCUAAGGUAGCUGCCUUCCUUCCGAGAGCUUCUCAGACAGGGUUGGCGGAGGAUGCAUUAUGGGGAAACGACAAAAUAUGUCACAGCACUGAGGACAGCUGUCAGGGAGAUGUUGCUGUAUGUGGCAGAGGCUGUUCUGCAUCUCUGUGUUUGGGCUCCCCCCCCCCCCCCCCCGCGCUUUCCUUCAGGCUGAGCUGAACAGGGUAGGGUGGGACACCGCUUCGAUUCUUUUCCUUCCGUUUCACCUCCUACCUGAACUGUAGCAGGGGCUAAAAGGGAGAAAAAUCUAUAGGUAGAGAAUUGGCUUUGGAGCUCUGGAGGUGCAUAGAUGGCAGCGUGCAACCUCUGAAUCCUCUCUCUCCCUGCCUGUGAACAGCCUCUGCUGCUACACUGCUGGCCCCUGAGCAGGCAGCUGGUCUCAGGUAUACCAGCCAAUACUGGUUGAUGGGAUUUUCCCCUUUUGCCAGAUGAUUGUGUCUGUUUAGUAUUUCCCACCAUUCAGAUGACUCCAUUAGGAAAGCCACCCCCAGCUUUCUCUCCUUCUCCAUCACCGGGGUCACCAAUGUGUGUUCUUUUGGUGGAACUCUCAAAGGCAAGGGAUUGGGGAGGGGAAACCAAAUGUUUCACACCCAGAACAGAGACUCUGGUGUGUCCUCCGUUCCAGGGCUGAUAGUGAAUCGAGUCCAGGUCUGCCUUGAUCUGAAGGUCUCAGGGACCUGCAGUGGCUAUGAGGGCUGCUUCCCACAUGUGGAGUCUGGAGUUGUGGCUGAGUGGUUUCUCAAGGCCCCACUCGGUUCUGACACCUGCUUCUAGCUGAGAUGCUGACUGUCCCUGCAGGAAACGAGGUAGAAUAGAGAAUAAAACCCUAAAAAAAGCAGUUUCCCAAUGGAGCCCUGUUACCCCUGUCAGCCAGUCUCCAGCCAAAGAAGGGAUGCUUGACUCAUUUCUGUGGAGUCACCAGAGAGAGAGACACAGGUGACCCCAUGGGCAGAGUGGGAGAGUCGUGGUGAACUCUACUGGUCCUUCCUUUGCUUCUGGGGCCCUUUUAUUCUUCGUUUACACAUCUGCCAAAGGGGAUGGAAUCGUACUUCGUUUUACAGGUAAAUUUCAAGGCACAAUCAGUUUUUAAGAAAGUGCCUCAAGACACUAGGCAACAUGACAGUUCUCAGUUCUCUCUGAAUUUUAGUCUCUGUUACUGGGUGCUCUUUACCAGAGGAGUGUGCUGCAGGGUGAAAUUCAGGCGUGUUUUGCCCAGGCCUGCUGUCUUGAGUACAAAUGUGAAUGAUGGACUGACUGCUUGUUGCCAAACUGGAAAUGUUUUGUAGGGAUUUACUGGCAUGGUAUCAUUCCUAGGAAGAAGAAGAGAAAAAAAAAAGGAAAAAGAAAAAAAAAAGAAAGAAAAAGGGACAGGAAAGGGAGAGAAACUUGACUGCACAUUUUUUUUAUUAUUAUUAAAUCCAUGUUGUGACUUUUAUUUAAUUUCUAUAUUUUUUUGGUAAUAAAAAGUUGACUUUUUAAUUUGAAUUUGUCUUUUUUUUAUUUAUUGGUCUGAAAGGCAUUUCAAAGGUAUUAUAAUAAUAUAUUGGUGUAAUUUAAUUGGUGCAGCAUGCCUUAUGGGCUCCAGUCAAAAUUAGUUUUUACUUAUUUGAUUGGUUUGAGAACAGCCUACAGGGAGAGGAAGAGAAAAGCUGGCUAAUUACCCAAAGUGUUCAUUUUUCAUUGGAAACUGAAUUUUUGUCAUUUUUGUUUCUGUUUUUAUUUUAAAUUAAAUAAAUUGCGAUGAACUGAA